AGCGUGUCAAAACAAACGCGGCGCCGCAGCCGUCAGUCUGGGUAGGACGCAGUCCGAAGUGGCCAGAUCGCUUAAAUUAAAGAUCAGAAACCCACCGCUGACUGAUCUCUUGUUUCUUUUAUUUCUGCCAAGAUGGAAUCGAAAAACCUGCGCGUAUGCUACAUCACAUGCUUUAUAAUGCUAAUUUUUAAUGCUUUAGUUAUGGCCCUUGAUGGGUCUCCGGAGCACGGUGUUACCGGAUCACCCGGUCAGCCGGUUCGUUUGCCGGAUUCCGACCCCGGUUUGCAGAAGGCAGUAAGGUUUGCAGAGGGACGGUACAACAUGGGAUCCAACGGAAUUUAUCUGCGCAGAGUUAUAAAGAUCAUCUCCGCCCGUAAACAGCUGGUGAAGGGGGUGAAAUACAGCAUUGUGGCCGAGCUGGGGAACACUCUGUGUAAGAAGUCGGAGGUUUUGGCUGACUCCGCCGUUUGUGACUUCCAUGCUGAGCCCAACAAACUGAAGACGGAGGUGUGUGCGUUCGAGAUUUGGGACCUACCGUGGUUUAGCACGACCACUCUGCUCAAACAGAAAUGCCAGCCAGACGCUCCCGACACCGAGAACAGUCAGAUUGAUGCUGGGGCUCUCUCUCCCAGCGCCCAUGACAAGAAAUCUGUGGAGCUGUUAUCCGAGUUUAAAGAGUUUGUAGCCAAAUACAACCGCAGUUACAGCAGCCAGGAAGAGGCUGACAAGCGGCUGCGCAUUUUCCAGAAGAAUAUGAAGACUGCGCAGACCCUGCAGUCGUUGGACCAAGGGUCAGCAGAGUAUGGGGUCACCAAAUUCAGUGACCUCACAGAGGAUGAGUUUCGGUCACUGUACCUAAAUCCUCUCCUGAGCCAGUGGAGUCUCCAGCGGCCCAUGAAACCAGCACCGGCAGCCAUCAGUGCGGCCCCACCCAGCUGGGACUGGAGAGAGCAUGGGGCCAUUAGCCCAGUCAAGAACCAGGGCUUAUGUGGAUCAUGCUGGGCAUUCUCAGUCACCGGGAACAUCGAGGGUCAGUGGUUUCUAAAGAAAGGCAAAUUGCUGUCUUUGUCUGAGCAAGAGCUGGUAGACUGUGACCGCCUCGAUCAAGCGUGUGGGGGUGGCCUCCCCUCGAAUGCUUAUGAGGCCAUCGAGAAGCUGGGAGGCCUGGAGACUGAAAUCGACUACAGCUACAUCGGACACAAGCAGAGCUGCGGGUUUUCCUCGGGGAAAGUGGCGGCCUACAUAAACGGCUCUGUUGAGCUGCCCAGGGAUGAAAACGAAAUUGCAGCAUGGCUGGCAGAAAAUGGCCCAGUUUCCAUCGCUCUCAAUGCUUUUGCAAUGCAGUUCUACCGCAGAGGAGUGUCUCGACCCAUGAAGAUCUUCUGUAACCCCUGGAUGAUUGACCACGCGGUGCUGCUUGUGGGAUACGGAGAACGUAAGGGAAUUCCAUUCUGGGCCAUUAAAAACAGCUGGGGUGAAGACUAUGGAGAGCAGGGUUAUUACUACCUCUACAGGGGCUCCAGGCUGUGUGGGAUAAACAGAAUGUGUUCCUCGGCUGUGGUGAACUGAAUGUUCAUCCAUGACAGUGCAGAGUCUACUGAGUAGCAUUGGAAAGAAUAUUCCCACCCCACACCGUAACACACAAAAUGGGGACAGAAUAGCUGUUAAAUGAAAUGCACCAAAAUUAAAGUGGUCAGAGGAAACAUUAAAAAAUAAAAUGGCGAAAAUAUUAUUUCAUUUUGCUAUAAAAUUCCUUGACUGUUUUGUAGUUUGUUUUAAAUAGACUUUUAUCAGGAUAUUAUAGCACAGUUGAAAGGUCACAUUACAUAGCAUAUUUUGAUUUUAGUGUUUGCUGUAACAAAUUAGAUUUAACCUUUGUCACAUUUAAUCUUAAGGUGUGGAGGUUUUUACAGAUGGGUGCAAUGUAACAUCAGCAGCCAUAUGCUAGAAUUACUUUCCGAGAUAAUCACAUGCUUUUCCAUUAAUGUAUUGAUUCUCAUUGAUUCCUCUCUGUAAUGGCUGGACCAGUGAUAUAGCGUAGCUCAUUCUGGAUUUCAGUAAAAAUGCCAUUUGAUGGAACUGUUUAAUUAUUUUGGAUAUUCGUGUGAUAUGCAUUAAGGGUGUAUCAGUCAUUUUGGCGGGAAAAACAUGGAAUAAAAAAACCCCCUGCAUUUUCCUCCA